AUGGGACAUUGUUCAUCAAAAGCUAAGAUGGUUCGGCCUCAAAGCUCAACUUUAAAUCCAGUAAGAUUAUCAGCCAAAAUCAAGCACGUGCUCACAAAAUGUAAUAAUUAUCCAGUCACUAAAGAUGAAUUAAAUGUUUUAAGAGAACUUUUUUAUGACCUCUCAAGAAGAACUGACACAACAGACUGCAUCGAUAAAAGCACUUUUCUCCAGUUUUUCCCACUCCCUGUAUGUGCUAUUUAGGGGCUUUUAGGUGAAAGGCUAUUUCGCAUGUUUGACACUUCAGGUUCUGGAUUAAUUGAUUUUGACGGGUUUUUAUUAGGACUUGCUGCUUUCAGUAUGGUGAAUCAUAAAUCCCAUUCCCCCGCCAUCACCAAACUACCUAGUAGUCUUGAUAAUAAGAAAUAUAAGAGAUAUUGCAGCAUAGUAAAAAUCUUUAGACUAAUAAAUAAAGGAGUUAAUAAAGGAAUACGCUGAAUAUCGCUUAAUUAUCGCAUUUUAAGCAUGAAUCCAGUUGAAUUCUGCUUUGAAAUGGAUAGACAUAAAUAAAUCAAUUCAAGUAUAAUUAUGUAUCAUAGACAUAUGCAAUAUCUAGCAUCGAUUUUACUAAAUUAAUUCGUUUUAACAAAUUUAAUAUCUUAAAUAGCUUACUUUAAAAAUAAAAGCAUGAUAUCUUAUUUAAAUUCAAUAAAUAUGCUAUAAAUUGCGUUUUUUUAAUAGCUUAAAAGCGAAAAUACUUAAAUAUCUCUUAUAUAUCUUAUUAUCAAGACUAGGUAGUUUGGCAUCGAGGGUGGGGGGUUUAUGCCAAACCAUCAGUAAAGGAACUCUUGAGGAAAAAUACAAAAUCAUUUUCAACCUAUACGAUUUAAAUGAAGAUGGAAUAAUUGACAAAUCUGAGCUUGUUACAAUGGUAAUUUUAAAUUAGAUACACAAUUCUUUUAAAGAAACCGUCACUUCGCUCCCAGUUCCAGAAAACAAGGAAACCGCAGCGAAAACUGAAGAUUUAUAUAUAAAUAUAAGGAAAACUUCAAAUCGGUCGACUACUAGAAAACUUUCUUCUUUUAGGCAGAAUAGCACUUCCUGCAGCCUUGAGCCUGAAACGUACUCAGCAAGAGUUCAUGGGAUCGCAAAAACUAUUUUGGAGCAGUUCGGGGAUAAAAAUGCGCUGAAUUUCGAAGAUUUUAAACAGUUUCUUGCAAGGAAGCCAAUUAUUUUCGAAACUUUUUCGUCAGCUUUUAAAGAAGAUGUCUGGUUCGGAAUCCGCUGUGACGAUAGGUUUCCUUCAACAGUAAAACGUGGCAGCAAAAACCACAGGACAAUGAUGGGCCCUUCUUCAUCACUUUCUUUUGACGAAGAUAUAAAAAUGCUUGCUUUACAAACCCAAGGGGCUUCUGAGAUGUCAGGAAUUGUCUAUAAAAAAGCCAAAGGUUCUGACACUUUAGAAAAAAAAUUCGCUACUUUAAAGAAAAGUUUAUUAAUGAUAAACGACUGUGCUGACGACAAAAUGCCAGCUGGGGUCGUCUUUAUGGAAGGCUGCUAUGUAGACAUUAUUGGUGAUUUUUUCUUGACAAAUAAAUUCGGCAUCACUUUAUCGCACCAAAAUAACUCUUAUAAAGAGGUCAAUUUGUGGUGCGAUUCCAGAAAAGAAAGGGACGAAUGGGUAAGAAAAUUGGAAGAAGCCGCCAAAACCAGGAAGUUUAAAGAAUACUAUGAGCUAGGCGAAAGGAUAGGGAAUGGGAAAUUCUCUGAGGUAAAUAUAUGUACCGAACACAGCACUGGGAAAAGAUGGGCUGUAAAAAUUGUCAAUAAAACUAAGCUGAAUAACCAGGAAAAAGAUAUGCUGAGGAGCGAGAUCGCCAUUAUGAGGCUUUUAGACCACCCAGGAGUAAUAAACCUUAAAGAGGUUUUUGAUACCAAAAAACAUAUGCUGAUUGUUAUGGAAUUGGUCACAGGUGGAGAGCUUUUUCAAAGAAUCGUCCAAAAAAAGCUGUUUUCUGAGUAUGCAGCAAGCCAAAUCAUAAGGCAGCUAUUAGAAGUGGUCAGCUAUUUGCAUGAUGUGGGGAUUAUUCAUAGAGAUAUUAAGCCAGAAAAUAUUUUACUAGCUGACGACUCAGAUAUUCCAAGGAUAAAACUCGCUGAUUUUGGACUGUCAAAAUUAGCAGGACCAGGAGACUUGCAAAGUCUGCCAUGUGGGACUUUAGGAUAUGCAGCUCCUGAAAUUUUGUCCCAGCAGCAAGGAGGCUACAACAAUAAAGUUGAUAUUUGAAGCGUAGGAGUUAUCGCCUACCUACUUCUUCAUGGGCGGCUUCCUUUUGACCAUAAAGAAAAGCAAGUCUUAAUUGAACUUACCCUUAAAGGCGGCUUAAAUUAUGAUGACCAACAUUGGCGGCACUUUACACCUUAUGCAAGUGAUUUUAUCAGAAGAGUGCUCAAUAAAAACCCUUCAGAAAGACUGUCAGCAGCCUCUGCAAUCCAGCAUAAUUGGAUAAAAAACGCAGACGUAAUGAUCCCUAGAGCUAUACUAGCUUAUAAUGAGUAGCCUAAUAAAGGUUUUUUUUUGGCUGACAGGUAUAUAUUCCAAAAUAAGAACCUAGGCUAUUAAUCAUAAAAAUGCAUAUAAACAAAGAAAAAAUGGAAGAAGUCCUAAUAGCCCGAGGCGUCACUUCUACACAAUUCGGCCCAGUCCAAUACAAAGAAAAAAUGGAGUCAGAAAACGAUAACAGCACUGACCAAAUCUAUGACCCGACCGUGGUGCAAAGUUUGCCUGACAUUUUUGUGGACAUUUCUGACAGUAAGAAAUAUUUAGUGCAGAGAAAAUACGUAGAAAACAAUAUGAACGGCAGGAUAUUAUAG